AUGUCAUCAGUCGUGGAUAUGACGAGCACAUCGGACGCAGUGCCGCCCCUAUCGCCAGCCUCUUCAAGUGACCUGAGCUUGGAAGAAUCGGAACCCGAGUUGCCCGCAAAACCCUUGCCUGUGCCCCCAACAUCCGGGUCGCCUAUCAAAUUUGUCAAUGGGGAUCCGGGACUCCCCCCGUUGCAACUAGCUGGUGGCUAUCCCGACGGACUGGAUCCGAUUGCCGAAGAAGAAUUGGACCCAGGCAGUUUUGACCUGGUGAUGCCAGUCGAGCAGAUUGGCAGCACCACUGGCAAGUACAAGUUGGAGAAGCGAUCCGAAUUACUCUUCUCGAGCCGUCACUUAGAGGCUAUUUUCGACGACUCUGCCGAAUUGCAUUGCUUUUCCCAGUUUCUGUACAAAUAUCGGCCAGCAUCAGUUCCACUCUUGACAUACUUCUUGGAAGCGCUCAAGGCUCUGCGGGCAAUCGAGUAUAGCAACGCGGUAUUGAGAAAGCUUGGACCAUUGACUGAUUUCGAAUUCACCCACGAGUACUUCCAAGCUCAUCCUACGACGAACCAAGAACUCAAGGCCAAAGCCAAUGCUGCCUUUGACAUUAUGGCACGGGAGGAUCUGCCCAUGUACAUCACAAAUGUAUGGAUCGAAACCGUGUCCGUGUCUAUCAGGCAUAGGGUAAUGGGUAUGCCUAGCCACUCUUCGGAAGGUUUAGCCGAAGUCUUUUGUCUCACCGAUCCGUCAAGACACGACAACCCCAUUGUGUUCAUGUCGGAGGAGUUCAACCGUACCACACAAUACGGUGUAGACUAUGUCGUUGGGAGAAACUGUCGCUUUCUUCAAGGGCCGUAUACGAAUCCAUUCAGCGUGGCGCGUAUCAGGGAGAAGGUGGAGAAGGGCAUUGAACACUAUGAGACCUUCUUGAACUAUAGGCGUGAUGGCUCUCCGUUCAUGAACCUCGUUAUGAUUGCUCCUCUGUACGACAGCCGAGGAGCCAUUCGAUAUUUUAUCGGUGCUCAAGUUGAUAUAUCGGGGCUUGCUAUGGGCUGCCACGACCUCGCGGCUCUAAAGCGAGUUGCUGACGAAGACGAAAAGAGAGAGGCGGGAGAAAAGGUUCCAAGCCCCAGUAAAGACGAAUUUACGCAGCUGGCCGAGAUUUUGGGGACACGGGAGCUCGAAAUAGUUCGGGACCGUGGCGGCGAUAUGCUUCGGCUUCCGCUUCAAUCCAGUAUGGGACUUCAUCAUGAUGAGAAGAUUGCCCUGACAAAGCCCAACGCCGAUGGGUUGCGGGACAGUACAAAACAUGGCCGCAACAGCUCCAAGAAUCGAGUCAUUCUGGGGACAAGCCCUGAACCACAAAACACGUUGCCCCCCUUGGGUGACACAAUGAGACCCUUCAGUUCUCUAACAGCGGCGGCUCUUGCAGCAAGGCACAACGGCCGACUUACUGGUGUUUAUGAGCACUACCUGCUGGCGAGGCCUUACCCAUCACUGCGCAUUCUCUUCACAAGCCCAUCUAUGCGCGUCCCGGGGAUUCUCCAGUCGCCACUGCUUGACCGGAUUGGCGGGUCGACUCGCAUGCGAGAUCAGCUUAUUCAAGCCUUGGCGAAUGGACAAGGAGUAACAGCCAAGGUGAAGUGGCUUACUGUCAACCACAGGAGACAUGCCAACCGUCCGACGAGAAAGAGAAACCUAGGAGACCACCCCUUGGAAGCACACCUGCGCAUUGAUGAUAAUGAUGACGACGCAAACGAGGACAUGGGAAGAUCACGAUGGCUUCACUGCACCCCACUCACCGGCGCGAAUGGCCGCGUUGGUGUCUGGAUGAUUGUAAUCAUAGAUGAAGAGCCAGAUCCCAGUAGCCAACCUCCGCACAACGUCGUCACUCCCGAGAGAGCGCGGCCAGAUGGUGCCGUGUCGGACAGGUCGGUAAGUGGCCUGACGCCUCAACGCCCCAGCAAUGGCGGCACAUCCUUGGCGGCAACCAAGUUGCGUCCAAGGAGGUCGUCUGAUACUCUUGGGGGUAAUCCCGCCACGGCAUCUGCUCGAAACGAGGACAAAUCAGUGACCAAGUCGAUCCACCAGCAACACUCGCUCAACACGCACCGAUCACCGAAACCUACUCUCCAGACCCUGGGCGUGGCUGCACGGUUUUACAGCCCCGAGGCGCUGUCGCUUGCCACCCAAGCAGGUUCUUCGACCCAGCAACGAAGAGAAAGCAGCAGGAACUCCAGACCCCGUCACGAAGACGAGAGCUCAGAUACCGAGCAGAUCUGGCCCCUGCCGCCCUCUGGCUCUGCCGGAGCAAAGAGAAACCGUGAGACUGGCAUCAGAGUUCCGUCAGUGAUACGAGAGACGUCGUCAGAGCGAGCAGUGGUUUGGGGCAACAGGAGUGACGGGGACGCCGCCUCAAUCACGAGCCUGAGCUCAGCAUAUACCGUCAGAAUAGAGGAGGAAUGA